AUGGCGGGAGAGAGCGGGCGCGAGAUGCGGCAAUUCGUUCGGCAGCUCUUCGAAAGGAGCCCCGACCUCAGCAUCCUGUCCCACUCUCUGGUGCGUUCCAAGUUCUUGGAUCAUUGCGGCCAAUCGUCUUUGACCGCGAAGGAGCGACAGACACUCAAGAAGAUCGUGGAGGAAGAGCUGCUGAAGAUGCAGGAUGAGGAUGCCAGCGAGGAUGAACCUCUGAUUAAAGUGCAGAAGAGGGCCCGGCAUGACAGCAGAGAUGACAUAACGGGGAGCAAGGAGCCACCUGGGAAAAGGAGGAAACCACUAGAUGACAUCGAGUCAGAGGAAGACUCCGGGAUUGAGCAGAGAGACGCCAAGAGAUUGUCCAGCAGUUCCCCUGAAGCUCCAACUUCCAAAAAGGGAAAAGGGACCAAGAAAGAGUCCCCACAGAAACAGGAACGAGGCAUAGCGAGUGACAAUGAUGUCAAAGAGGACCUAUCUGAGGAAGACUCAGAUGACGGGAGUAAGGUAAAACAGAAAACAGGACCGCUAAAGCCAUCAGCAAGAAAGAACGAGAAUUCGGAAUUGAGCAGCGAUGACGAGAAUACUGCACCCAAGAAGAAACUGAACGAGGAGUCUGAUAGUGAGGAUGAAGAGCCCCCUAAGAACAAAAAGAAGACUUUGGGCUCUGACAGCGAAGACAGUGAUAGAACAAAAAAUAGAGCGCAGAGCGAGGAUUCCGACAGUGAGGAAGAAAUGACACUUGCCAAACUGAAAACCUCUGAGGCUAAAAAAAAGGAGAGGUCUACAGACAGUGAGGACAACCCAAAGAAAACGGUUGACAUCAAACAGAAGCCCAAACAAGCUGUUGUCAAGCCAGGGAAGAGACCACAGAAGCAAGAGAUGGAAAGCGAGGAUGAAGAGGAGCGUGUCCUUAAGAAGGGAAAGGGUAAGAGAGACAGUGAUGAUGAGAGCGGAGAGGAUCUUGGAGCCACGAAAAGCAAGAAAGGACAGAAAAGAGAGAGUGACAGUGAGGAGGAAAGUCCAACCAAAAGAAGAAUAAAGACGACUAUGCUAAGAAAAGAGAGCAAACUUAAAGCAAGUACCAUGGGGGAGACUGUGGCCAAGAGAAAGCCAAAGAAAGAGAUUGACAGCGAGGAGGAGUAUACGCCCAAGAGGAAAGUAAAGACGACAUCAAAAAAACAGAUUGACAGCGAGGAAGAGGAGUAUACAUCCAAGAGGAAAGUAAAGAAGACCGCAUCCAAGAAACAUAUGAACAGCGAGGAAGAGAGUCCAGCCAAGAGGACACCAAAGAAGGCCAUGUCAAAGAAACACAGCGACAGCGAGGAGGAGAGUCCAGCCAAGAGGACAACAAAGAAGGCCAUGUCAAAGAAACAUAGUGACAGCGAGGAGGAGAGUCCA